UCUUGGGAACAAACAAAAACACACAUUCUAAUUUCAAGUGUAGAUUAGAUAAAAACUUUAUAGACGUUGUGUCGUUGAGUUAAUGCGAGAGAGAUGUGUGGGUUAACCAAAAUUAAAAUAGAAAAGAAGAAGUUAAUUUAAAAGCAAAUUUUUUUAAAAAGGGUCAACCUUCACACCACCUUUGCACUCGCCUAUCAUCAUCACUCACUUAUAUAAACCUCCUCUGUUACUUCUUUGUCUUCUCCAACACAUUUACUUUUCUUCUUCUUCUCUCUCUACGCCAUAGCUAUGGUUUUACCAGAGCUUCUCGUGAUUCUAGCAGAAUGGGUUCUUUACCGUCUUCUUGCUAAAUCAUGUUACAGAGCUGCUAGAAAGCUCAGAGGCUAUGGUUUCCAGUUAAAAAAUCUCCUAAGCCUCUCCAAAACACAAUCUCUACACAACAAUUCUCAGCAUCAUCUUCAUAACCAUCAUCAACAAAAUCACCCUAACCAAACCCUUCAAGAUUCUCUAGACCCUCUGUUCCCAAGCCUUACAAAAUACCAAGAACUUCUUCUAGACAAAAACAGAGCAUGCUCUGUUUCGUCUGAUCAUUAUCGUGAUACCUUUUUCUGCGAUAUCGAUGGUGUUUUAUUAAGACAACAUUCGAGCAAACACUUCCACACGUUCUUCCCUUACUUCAUGCUCGUGGCUUUUGAAGGAGGAUCGAUCAUCAGAGCGAUCCUUCUCUUGCUCUCCUGUUCUUUCCUUUGGACUCUGCAACAAGAAACCAAACUCAGAGUUCUCUCUUUCAUAACCUUCUCUGGUCUUAGAGUCAAAGACAUGGACAAUGUUUCUAGAUCGGUUCUACCAAAAUUCUUCCUCGAGAACUUGAAUAUCCAAGUUUACGACAUCUGGGCUCGAACUGAGUACUCCAAAGUUGUGUUCACGAGCUUGCCGCAAGUGCUGGUGGAGAGGUUCCUCAGAGAACAUCUCAACGCUGAUGAUGUGAUUGGGACUAAACUGCAAGAAAUAAAAGUCAUGGGAAGGAAAUUCUACACAGGCCUAGCUUCUGGUUCUGGUUUCGUCCUGAAACAUAAAUCAGCUGAAGACUACUUUUUUGAUAGCAAGAAGAAGCCUGCACUUGGAAUUGGAAGCUCUUCAAGCCCACAAGAUCACAUCUUCAUCUCCAUUUGCAAAGAAGCUUAUUUUUGGAAUGAAGAAGAGUCCAUGAGCAAGAACAACGCAUUGCCUAGAGAAAGAUACCCAAAGCCACUGAUAUUCCACGACGGGAGAUUGGCUUUCUUGCCAACACCAUUAGCUACAUUAGCCAUGUUCAUAUGGCUCCCUAUCGGAUUUUUACUCGCUGUCUUCAGGAUCUCGGUAGGAGUCUUUCUUCCUUACCAUGUAGCCAAUUUCUUGGCUUCUAUGUCCGGUGUUAGGAUCACUUUCAAGACCCAUAAUUUGAAUAACGGUCGUCCAGAGAAAGGUAAUAGUGGAGUCUUGUAUGUAUGCAACCAUAGGACCCUCCUCGACCCAGUUUUCCUCACCACUUCGCUGGGCAAGCCCUUGACCGCGGUUACUUACAGCCUAAGCAAGUUCUCCGAGUUCAUAGCACCUCUCAAGACGGUUAGCCUUAAAAGAGAUAGGAAGAAAGACGGUGAGGCAAUGCAGAGACUAUUAAGCAAAGGAGAUCUAGUGGUUUGUCCGGAGGGAACCACAUGUAGAGAGCCUUAUCUACUAAGGUUCAGUCCUUUGUUCGCUGAGUUAACUGAAGACAUUGUUCCCGUGGCUGUAGAUGCUCGAGUGAGCAUGUUCUAUGGGACAACUGCGAGCGGGCUCAAGUGUUUAGACCCUAUCUUCUUCCUCAUGAACCCUAGGCCGGUUUAUUGUCUUGAGAUUUUAAAGAAGUUGCCAAAAGAGAUGACUUGUGCAGGAGGCAAGUCAAGCUUUGAAGUUGCGAAUUUCAUACAGGGAGAACUUGCUAGGGUUUUGGGAUUUGAAUGCACUAAUCUCACAAGGAGGGAUAAGUACUUGGUUCUUGCUGGAAAUGAAGGCAUUGUCAGAUAAACUAUUCCGAAUUUUCAUUAGUUUUUUUGUUUGUUUGAAAAGCUAAAUAUUAUUGUUAUUUCAGGACUUAGAUGUUUAAUUCUAUAUGGUUGAUUCAUUGGCAUCAUUUCUAUUUCUUAUCACUCGGGACCAUUGAUAUGUAUUGAAAAUGUUUGCUUUAUAUGAUUUUGUUUCUGGAUUUGUAUAGUCCAUAAUCUCAACCUGUCGCUUUAGUGCCAUUAAUUUUAUUCCUAGAACAAAUGAAAUGAUUUCAGAGUUAGUUGAAAU